AGCGCAGAGCGAAGUGAGACGCAGACGCUGCAGGAACCUUGGCGAAAGCACACGGAGCGUUCUGUGCUGUGCGUGUGAGGGAGUUGUUGAGCAUGCAAUGAUGACCAGACUGAACUUGGCGCGCGCCGCGGUGGUGAUGUCAGCCGUCUUUUCGGUGACUUCCUCGCAGGAACUCUUCUUCGGGUCGUGUCCCCAGCAGGCGGUUGUGCAGAACUUCGACCUGAACAGCUACCUAGGCAAGUGGUACGAGAUCGAGAAAUACUUCGCCAUUUUCGAGCUGGGCGGCAAGUGCAUCACUGCCGAGUACUCGCUGCUCCCGAGCGGCAACAUCAAGGUCGUCAACAGCCAGGCCAACGCGGUAACAGGGAAAGCAACUUCGAUCGAAGGUCAAGCCGUUUUGGCGGAUCCUGCAAGCGGUGAAGCCAAGCUGGUUGUCUCCUUCUCGCCAUUCGGUGGAGCUCCCUCAGGCGGCGACGGCAACUACUGGGUCCUGGACACCGACUACACCAGCUAUGCUAUCGUUUGGUCGUGUUCCUUUGACAUCAAGUUGAUGAAUGCACAGAUCCUGUGGAUCCUGAUGCGCGACCAGAACCCGGAUCCCCAGCGCCUGAACUACGUCAAGACCCUCAUCAGGCAACGUGGUCUGGACCUCACCAGGCUGCGACCGACCGACCAGACCAACUGCCCCUAGAGAACGAGACCGAACGAGACCGAACGACCCGGCGAUGCAGCCCACGAGGAUCAAGGGGACUGGCCAUUGUGAUGUUGUUUGGCGGGUCACAUGACAUUUCAUUUCAUCACUUUGACGUCACUGGACCAAGUUGAAGAGGCAUUUAAAUGUUAAAUGUUUGUAGUUUAGUGUUGUUUUAUUUUCUUUCUUGAUUUGUUAGCAUAGCGUCAUUAAAGUUUAUUUAUGUGA